AUGAUCCUUAAUAGGAUUGAAAAAGUCUUGGAUGAAGGACAGCCAUGCGAGCAAGCAGGGUUUCGAAAAGGAUUCAGCACGAUUCACCACAUUCACACUGUUUCGAAACUCAUCGAGGUAUCACGAGAGUACAAGAUGCCGCUCUGUCUCACCUUCAUCGACUUAAAGAAGGCUUUCGACUCGGUUGAGACGGAAGCGGUCGUGGAAGCCUUGGACAACCAAGGCGUCCCUACUCAGUAUAUAAAGGGACUUCGAGAGUUGUACAGUAACUUCACGACCGGAAUUUCGCCAUUCUACAAGAACAUCAUCAUUGACGUGAAGAGGGGGGUCCGACAGGGCGAUACAAUUUCACCCAAAAUAUUCACAGCCACCCUCGAGAACGCAAUGCGAAAGUUGGAAUGGGACGACAUGGGAGUGAAGGUUGAUGGUCGGCAGCUACACCAUUUGCGCUUUGCUGAUGGCAUUGUACUGGUAACACCUAGCAUCAGCCAAGCGGAACGAAUGCUGACCGAAUUCGACGAAACAUGUGGAUGCAUCGGUCUUCAGCUGAAUCUACAAAAGACGAUGUUCAUGCGGAACGGAUGGGUCUCGGAUACCCCAUUCACGCUCAACGGAACGAACAUAUCCGAAUGCACCAGCUACGUUUAUCUGGGUCAGGAACUGAACAUGAUGAACGACCUGACUCCCGAGCUGGGCAGGAGGAGACGAGCGGCUUGGGGAGCGUAG